GGGUCACUUCCGGCAGCCUCCCGAGUCAUGUCCGGGAGCCGGGCCUUCCCGCGGAGAGAGGGAGAGACAGGAUCCUGAGAGAGGCCGGAGCCCGGGGGCCCCCGACAUCAGGAGGCAGCAGCCCGGCCCCGCGCCGCCGGAGACAGAUUUGCCUGCAUCACCUAAGUCUCUCCGACAGAAAGAGUGGGCGAAUGCUCCUAAGCUUGGCCUCGAGGAGGUAGAUUCCGUGCUGUGUUUGGGAAGAGGGGCGAGUUGCUGAGGAGCCUGUCGUUGGGGUCAGGCAGGUGCCUCUCCUCCGUCUUUAAGUGAAUCCAGGGUUUUCCUCAGAAUAUUUUGGUACCAAUAUGAAUGAAGUGUCGGUUGUAAAGGAGGGAUGGCUUCAUAAAAGAGGUGAAUAUAUUAAAACAUGGAGGCCAAGGUACUUCCUUUUGAAAUCGGAUGGUUCUUUUAUCGGCUAUAAAGAGAAGCCUGAGAGCCCGGAUCAUGGUUUGCCACCCUUAAACAACUUCUCUGUAGCAGAAUGCCAGCUAAUGAAGACCGAGAGGCCAAGGCCCAACACAUUUAUCAUUCGGUGCCUGCAGUGGACGACGGUGAUUGAGAGGACCUUCCAUGUUGAUACACCAGAUGAACGAGAGGAGUGGACACGAGCCAUCCAGACCGUCGCAAACAGCUUGAAACACCAGGAACCAGGAGAUGAUGCUAUGGAUGUCAAGUGUGGCUCGCCCAGUGACAGCUCGGGGAUGGAAGAGAUGGAGGUGUCAAUUUUGAAGUCGAGGAAUAAAGUGACGAUGAACGAUUUUGACUAUUUAAAGUUACUGGGGAAGGGCACCUUUGGUAAAGUUAUCCUGGUUAAAGAGAAGGCCACGGGGCGGUAUUAUGCCAUGAAAAUCCUACGGAAAGAAGUAAUUAUCGCUAAAGAUGAAGUCGCCCACACUGUUACAGAGAGCAGGGUUUUACAGAACACACGACAUCCAUUUUUAACAACAUUGAAGUAUGCAUUUCAGACCAGUGAUCGGUUAUGUUUUGUCAUGGAGUACGCAAAUGGCGGAGAGCUCUUCUUCCACCUUUCCAGAGAGCGUGUCUUUACCGAGGACCGCGCGCGCUUUUAUGGGGCUGAGAUUGUGUCUGCUCUGGAUUACCUCCACGAUAAGAAUGUCGUCUACAGAGAUCUGAAGCUGGAAAACCUCAUGUUGGACAAAGAUGGGCAUAUCAAGAUCACAGACUUCGGCCUCUGUAAAGAGGGAAUAACAGAUGGAGCCACCAUGAAGACCUUCUGUGGAACCCCAGAGUAUUUGGCACCCGAGGUGCUGGAGGACAAUGACUAUGGCCGAGCUGUGGACUGGUGGGGGCUCGGCGUGGUGAUGUAUGAGAUGAUGUGCGGGCGUUUGCCCUUCUACAACCAGGACCACGAGAAGCUCUUCGAGCUGAUCCUCAUGGAAGAAAUUCGGUUUCCCCGCACCUUGUCCCCUGAAGCCAAAUCCCUUCUCUCGGGGCUGUUAAAGAAAGACCCCAAACAGAGGUUGGGCGGCGGCCCUGAAGAUGCAAAGGAAGUCAUGCACCACAAAUUCUUUGUCCCGGUUAACUGGCAAGACGUUGUCGAGAAGCGGCUUGUCCCCCCAUUCAAGCCCCAGGUAUCGUCUGAGACAGACACACGAUAUUUUGAUGAUGAGUUCACAGCAGAGUCGAUAACAGUCACCCCCCCAGAUAAAUUCGACAAUUUGGACCUGAUGGAGAGUGAUCAGAAAGCACACUUUCCCCAGUUCUCCUACUCGGCGAGUGUGCGAGAAUAAACCCGGCAAAUAUACCAAAAAAAAAAAAACCACCCAGGACUUACUCCGGAAAAGGCAAUUCCAC